UCACUCAAUCUUGUCGCGCGCGAAGCUUCUAACGUAUGUUAGUCACCUUGUUUCUCCAACUAGAUUGUCCGACGACUACCGUAUGUAAACGACUUGAAGCGUAGCAUAGUUUUUGGUUCAAGAUUGUCUCACCCAUGAAAGGCGUCGACAGCGAGCUGUCCUGCAAGUAACUGUUGUGACUCUGCUAUUUGCCAUUGCCUCCCGACCAACUCCGCGUACCAAUACUCGUGGUUGACCGGUAGAUGGUAAAGGUGGUUGGCUGUGUAACGCUCAGGUACGCGCUGUUCCUACGAGACGAUUCUGGCCUGCGCGCGGUCGAUCGAUCGAUUGUAGCCGCGUAUCUUGUGUCCUUCUUAACGAGCACACCUCGAAGAAAAGAAAAAUUGGCAGCCAGCAGCUGAGAAGAAGGGCCAACAUAUCUCCCCCGCAUCUUGGAUAGUUUUGAGUGGCCGUUGCUCGUCCAUACGUUGACACCGUCAUUCCGCCACUGGUCUGUGCUAUUGAUCGAGCCAGCCUUUGAAAGUGGUACCUACGUAUGGCGAUUAGUUUCGUUACCAUUCCGUACCACUGAGGGUAGUAAUUUGUGCAGAAAGAGCGUUCAGUACGAAAUCAAAGACGACCAAUUAGUAGUCGAAGCAUUUGUGUUUGUCGCCCAUACCGAAUAGCCGACUACAAGUUAACGGAAGGUAUUCCAAUCAUACUCCGAAUAGAAGCCGAACUGCUGAACAGCUAACUUGUAAGGCUCAUAACAUUAAAGCGUCUGUGGACGCGUUGUAGGAGAUCUUUGCACACGUGGGAAACUGUUGUCAGCAAAAACAAGAAAAAAAACGGCCAUUCGUUAUAGAAACAUGUGCCCCUAUUUAGGACGCACAUAAAAUCGCUUUGAUUUUAUGCGAUGGAUACAUCACCUCUUGGAUAACUCCGUGUGAUCCUGUGUUUUGAGUGUCUUAGUGCAAGGGCCAGAGGUCUUAGCAGACGCUAGCAUCCUUAAGAGUUUUUGUAAUGUUGAAGCUCACUAAACUGACGACGCUUUGUGCCUGUGUUCUGAUGUGUUAAAGUUCAACUCUAAAGUGGAAUUGCCCGAGGCGUAAGCUGUUGGCUUUCGGUUGAAAAGCGGAUAGUGCGGGCGAUGGGGUUCGAGUUGACAAGUUGCAGAAAACGGAUUGGCUUUAGGCAAUCUGAUGGCCUCUGGCCUCCGACGAUGCCGUCCUCGAUAAUUCUAGCUAUUAUUGGGUUAACUUCGUGCCUUACUGAAGUGCUCGGCUCCGAUCAACCAUUGCCACUUUUCCCAUUCGGCCAGGAUGACGAGGCGCUAGAGUCAGGUGUGGCCGGGCGAGAACUGCGUCUCGCCUUUCCAAUUACGGUGGAAUCUCGAUUUUACAGCAACGUUCACAUAAGUGAAGAUGGCGUGUUGAGUUUUGGCCAUCCAUACCCAAAUUACAUUGUGUCUCUUGACGCCGUUCACGUGCCAUCGGUAGCUGCGUUCUUCAGUGACAUAAACGCAACCUCGCUUGGCGGAGGGAAAGUGUUCUUUAGAGAAGAAACCCGAAAUACAGAUGAGCUUAUCAGGUUUGAUAAUUUGAUCGCGCAACACUUCGAGAGAGACUUCACAACAAAAUCUCUGGUCGUCGUUACCUGGUUCAAGGUGGCACCGAGCUCUGGAGUCGAUCGUGACCGUCUUCCAUUAGGGCGUCAGCCAAGCCAACCGCAAAGAAUCCGUACAGAGAAGAAUACGUUUCAGAUAACAAUUGGAAGUAGUGAAGGUCGGAGUUACGUGGCACUUUCGUACCCGAUAGGAUCACUGGAAUGGGGCCAGAGUGCAUCGCCUUCUGGCGACAUUUGGGCUCAAGCCGGCAUCUAUGAUGGACAAGGAAAGCGGAUCAUUUUCAAGGAGUCCGGUGGUCCGCGAAUGCUUACGUUGGAUAGACGAUCGAACAUCGGCGAGAGUGGUACGUUCCUCUUCCAGUUGGGUCCGUCGCUCGAAUCCCCUUCGUCACCGGCUGAAUCUUUGUCUUCACUCGGGACACGGAUCACCUGCGAUACUAACGACGACCCCUGCCAUCCCCAAGCAAAAUGCACAAACGUGGAUGUUGCGGACACCCCGCUGGAUCCUGAAGGGAGUUCUUCAAACGUGAAAACUCGCGCCUUUUGCUGCGAAUGUGGAAGGGGCCAGGUUGGUGAUGGCUACCUAUGUCUAGACGAGGAAAUACUUCCCGCUUAUCGCAUCGUGGGGCGCUUUGAAGGUGAACUCAACGGUCGCUAUUUGGAGCAGUCCGAUCUGUAUGGGUUUGCUAAUGCUUCAUCGGGUAUCGCCUAUCUGUCUCUGUCUGCUCAGCAGCCGGAACUCAUUUACGAUCUUCAGUCGUUGUUUGCCGCCAGUGGUGGACUCCAUUGGCUGUUCGGAAAGACCCCUAACGGCGGAAAGUCCGGUUUUCUUCUAUCAGUUGGCCGACUCAACCGUUCAACGGAGGUGACCUUUGUCAAGGAUGGUCACCGGGUAACCAUUGAGGAAACCUUCCAAGGUUUAAGCUUUGAUAAUAUUGUUCGCAUGCAGACCAUUAUAAGGGGUUCGCUACCAACGAUUUCGCCUCACUUUAGGCUACAGAUACCAGAAUACGUAAACGUAUUUUACCAAAUUCGUCCGGGUGAACUUCGAUCGAACUCGAGUCAGCAGCUGCAAUUUGUUUCUGAGAACGAUUCACGCUAUAGAAAUACUGAAUCGCCUUUGGAGCCUCUUACCUACAAUGUUCUUCAGUACAUCAGGUUUGAAUUAAACCCAUGCGACGAAGACCUUCUGGACGAUCCUUACAAGGUUAUCGUGAGUCGUGCGAGCGUUCGGGCCGACGAAAGAACUACCCCAGGGCGAGUGCAUAUGCACGCCGAAGUGGAUAUUCGAGUUGGAAAACUUGCGGCCGAUCCCUGCGACACGGCCGACUGUGGCGACGCCCUCUGCGUCCCAAAUGGCGACGCCGAUUAUCGAUGUCUUUGCGAUCAAGGAGCCGAAUUUCGCAGAGGAAGAUGCGUCCAUGUUACCCCACGCGUUAGGACCUGCGCAGAAAAUCCAUCGAUGUGUCCUGCAAACGCAAUUUGCGUGGACUCGGUCCGAGGUCCCUUCUGCAGGUGCGAAGAGAGAUUUCGCGAUACCGGAAACCGAAUGUGUGAAUUAAUCCGAAUCAGCCCCCGAUAUGGCAAUGGCUCCCAUCCAAGUGGUGAUCCGCAAGAUCGCGGUAUCGCGCUGUCAUCUGGGGGCGGUCUGUUACCCGCCCUGUGUUCACAACCCUGUCACCGAAUGGCCUAUUGCGUGAAUCACGGCCAGACAUCCAUCUGCCGUUGUAUGCAAGGAACGAUCGGCGAUGGUGUAAAAGACUGCCGGCCCGUUACAUGUGACGACAACCCCAGGUUAUGCCCAGUAGGGGCGCAUUGUGUCGCGUCCCAAUGCCGCUGUAAACCAGGAUACGUUGGAGAUGGUAGUCAUUGCACUAAAGAGGAUCGUCUUGACCGAUCCCGGCAUAUGAAUGACCGCCUAAUAUAUUCUAGAGGUAUGACCAUCCUCGAACUUCCGACCGUUCCGUCUGGGCAGCAGACACCAGCAAGACUUGUUACGCUAGGGGAUGACACGUCUGAGAUUGUAGGAAUAGCAGUAGACUGCGAUCACGAAUUCAUCUACUGGACAGACUCGAUUAAUGGGAAGAUCUUCCGGUCCAGAACCGAUGGAAAAUAUCGUGAAGAAGUCAUAACUGGUUUGAAACAGCCCGAAGGUAUCGCUGUAGACCCAUCGUCGCGGAACCUAUUCUGGGUAGAUUCUGAGCUGCGGAAAAUUCAAGUAGCAUCGAUUGAUAAUUUCAGCCACACUUACACCUUGCUUGAAGUCGGGCUCGACAAUCCGCGAGGGAUAGCCAUUCACCCUCAAAGGGGCAAAGUGUACUUCACCGACCGCAGCUUGAUCGCCCCAUGUAUCGGCUCAAUCUCGAUGGACGGUACGGAGCGUAGAAAUCUUGUCUCCGAAAAACUCGAAGUACCAAACAUGCUCGCCGUUGACGCAGAGGCCGAUGAGCUCUGCUGGACUGACGCUGGCAAAAAGACAAUUGAAUGCGUUUCACUGGAUCCUUCGCUAGCGGGCACUGUCGGAGGGCAUAGGAGGAUUAUCCAUACAGGCCAAGCCUUACGUUCAAAAAUGUUUGGAAUUGCCAUGUUCCAGAUGCGUAUCUACUGGACGGACUGGGAGAUUCCAGUGGUUUUUAUGAUUGAUAGGGCGAACAGCACAGGCAAUAGUAUCCAAGUUACGCGUUUUCUUCCUGUGAGUGGGGGAAGUUCGCGCCUUUAUUCCAUAGCAAUCGCACCUAAACACUGCCCCAAAAUUCGAACACCAUGCGAGGUUCGUCGAGGUGGCUGCCCAUUUAUGUGCCUUCCGACCGACUCCUAUGGGCGAAGCUGUGUCUGCCCCGAUUCUAUACAGAAGGCGGGGCAUUGCCCGCCCCCUCAGCUUCGGGAUGCCACCUCAAUUCUUUAUGACGCCGCUAUAUCAUCAAAUGGACCAAAUACUUGAUUAAGAGUUUCGCACAACUCGGUUAAAAAAUCACGUAUAUUCCAGCUUCUAGUUUAUGGCAAGUUAUUAUUUUGUAAAACAUUUCAGUGUCAUACUUCGUCAUAAGCCUUAGCCACUUCAUAAUUAGCAUUGUGGCUCGAAAACGUUUAUCAAUGAAAUUAUAGAAAGAGAUCAUCGGAUGAAACGUGUCGGAUCUUGCGGGUGAAGCGAGCAGAGUGUUGAAUAUUUGGCUCCCUUAAGCCGUAUAGCAAGUACUACGCUCAAGCCAUCUUAUUACUAUAUAGCUCGUGAAUUUCUCUAGAAGCCUGUGUGAAGAGUUUUAGAUAAGAAGUCAUACAGGAAGAUAUGCCUCAUUAUAUAGGUCAGCAUAUUCGUGUAUACGCUAUUUGUGCUAGCAUCCUUCUAUCCAUGUAUACCUACUUAAACUAUAUGUUUAUAGAAACACAUGGCCUUAAUUUGCAUUAUACUUGCUUUGUGUGUCGAUGCUUCAUCGUAGCAGGACUGUUAGGGUAAAAUAGCUUGAUUUCAUUACAUUUUACGUAGUAAGGAGCGAAAGACGAGCAGAUAAGAACAUCUUCUAAUUUAGAUACCACUUACACAAUUUGAUACACAUACAUAUAAACAUGCAUAUCAAUAUUUAUCUAACAGACAUCUAUAUGAAGGCAGUUAAACAUCGAGUCUGUGACUUUUUCAGUUCACAUCAUCAGUAUUAUGAUAUCACUAUUAUUUUAUAAUAUUAUUGAGUGAAUAAAUUAUACCAAUUUUUUGUAAAGCUUA